AUGAACAGUGUGAAAUUGUACUCACAAGGUUCCUUACUACGAACAGCCUGGUGCCGAUAUUAUGCCACCGCGGUUAAGCCCGAUAUCAAAUUGUUGAGCAAACUUCGUAAGGAGACCGAAGUGUCUAUGACCAAGGCUAAAGAAGCUCUGGUAAAGCACAACAACGACUACGAACAGGCACUUGCUUGGUUGGCCCAGGAUGCUCAAGCGUCCGGUGCCAAAAAAGCUCAAAAAGUGGCAGGUCGUACCGCAGCUGAAGGUCUUAUCAGUAUUGCUUCCGUCAACGUUCCUAGCGCCGCCGCUGGUGGCUUCAAGAGCAAAAGCACCAUCAUCGAGCUUAAUUGUGAAACCGAUUUUGUAUCUCGUAACGAUGUAUUCAAACACCUUGCUUCCCGUAUUGCCGCCACUUCAUUACUUCUCCACGAACCAUCCAGCGUUCAGAAGCGACCGAUUGAAAACAUUUCCGUAGAGGAUUUAUUAAAAGCACCUUUGAUGCCACAUCCCGAUCAGAAAGAUAGCGCGGACAUUGGAAAAUCGAUCGAAGAAAGCAUUGUCGAAGCUAUUGGCAAGUUGGGAGAAAAGAUCACUUUGCGUCGUGUGGCAGUGGUAGCCGAUGGUGUGUCGGCCGGAUACGUUCACGGUGGCGAUGCUGUCACCGGCAAAAUGGGAGGUUUAGCCGUUCUUGAACCUCUCAAAGUCACCGCCAGUGAAUUACAAGCAUCGAGCGGCGAAGCGUUGGCCAAGUGCGCUCGUCAAGUGGCUCGUCAGGUAGUAGGUUUCAGCCCUUCUUACCUCCAUGCGGAUGAUGUACCCAAGGAUGUCUUGGAAAGCCAAAGUGAUCGAGACGAAAAUUUGCGCAGUAAUGUGCUGAACGAGAUGGGUUACCUGUUGAAGCCAGAUCAGACUGUGGCCGAAUUUGUCAAUCAAAGCGCCAAAGACACUGGUGUGGAAGGUGCUGCCGUGGUCGAUUACGUGCGCUGGCAAGUGGGUGAAGGCAUCGAAAAAAGAGAAAAUGAUUUCGCAGAUGAAGUGGCUCGAACAGUGCGUGGCAACUAA